CGUAAAAUUAAUAUACUCAGCAUCAGUUCCAUGAUCCCUUUUCAGGUAUUCACAGGAUAACUGAGCUCAACACCAUCUCUUUAUACCCUCUACUCUAGAUCAAAGCCCUUCUUUCGCCUUCUGGAAAAACGAAGGGACAGAGAAACAAAAUUACAUACUCAAUCUUGAAUCAUUGAUCAAUUCAUUCAUAUAGUAAAAAGUCAUCCCGGAAACAAACAUAAUUUUUUUCCCUCAAAUAACAAACCAUUUUGUCCAAACAGAUCAAAGAACCAAGCACUUUGGAUUCGUAAGUCAUUAUUCAUGGCUGCUUCAGAUGAAGAUGAGUCAAGAAAUAAGGUUCAGUACCCUCUGGACUCGAGAUGCUACGAGAUUAUCGAUGAAAUCGGGCGAGGGGCGAGCGCGAUCGUCUACAAAGCAAUCUGUCUACCGUUGAAUUCCUCUGUUGUGGCUAUCAAAGCCAUUGAUCUUGAUCAAUCAAGAACAGAUUUCGACAAUGUCAGACGCGAAGCCAAGACAAUGUCACUUCUUUCCCAUCCUAAUAUCCUCAGAGCCCAUUGCUUUUUCACCGUUGAUCGUUCCCUUUGGGUCGUGAUGCCUUUCAUGUCCGCAGGUUCCCUCCAAUCAAUCAUCAGUUCGUCGUUUCCGAAUGGAUUACCUGAGCCCUGCAUUGCAAUUGUUCUUAGAGAUACUCUUUGUGCCUUAACAUAUCUUCAUGAUCAAGGUCAUCUUCACAGAGAUGUUAAGGCCGGGAAUAUACUGAUGGACUUGAAUGGUUCUGUAAAGCUUGCUGAUUUUGGUGUUUCUGCGUCGAUUUAUGAAUCGAACUCGAACUACGGAUUGUUAUCAGCUUAUUCUCCAUCAAGCUUGAUGCUCACAGAUUUUGCUGGAACCCCUUAUUGGAUGGCCCCUGAGGUGAUCCAUUCCCAUGUGGGUUACAGUUUCAAAGCCGAUAUUUGGUCAUUUGGGAUCACGGCAAUGGAAUUAGCCCAUGGAAGGCCUCCCCUGUCUCAUCUACCUCCUUCUAAAUCUCUGCUCAUGAAGCUCACCAAGAGAUUCCGCUUUUCGGAUUAUGAUAAGAACAGUUACAGCCAGAGAAAGAAGUUCUCAAAAGCUUUUAAGGAUAUGGUUGGGUUGUGCCUUGAUCAAGAUCCCUCGAAAAGGCCAUCAGCCGAAAAACUGUUGAAGCAUUCAUUUUUUAGGUACUGUAAAGGCCCUGAAUUCUUGGUGAAGAAUGUGCUUCAUGGUUUGCCAACUGUAGAACAGAGGUUUAGACAGGUUAAGCUGAUGAAAUCCCUUUCACUGAAUAAAUCUGAUGAAGGAGAUGAAGACGGAUCGGGUAAUUCAUCGGGUUCAGGUGAUCAGGACAGCAACAUUAUCAAGCAGAGAAGAAUCAGUGGUUGGAAUUUCAAUGUGGAGGAUUUCGAACUGAAUCCUGUAUUUCCAACUGAACAAGAAAAUGAUGAUAGCAACGUUGUGAAACAGGUUCGAUUUGGUGGUGAAAGUAUCAUAUCAGGGAAGGAAAGAGGAGAUUCAUCAGGCUCAAUUGCAAGCGAUUCUUCUGCGUCUGAUCGAGUUUCUGAUCUUUCUGAUGAUCACGCUAGGCAAAAUGUUACUGGCAGCAGCAAGACUGAUGCUGCUAAUGAUGAUCAGGUUCAAGGCGGUGGCAAUAUGGAUUGGGAAACGGUGCUCAAGAGCCUGUUGUUCCUGAAGAAGAGCCUUGAGGAUCAAUGGAAUGAAGUGAUGAACAUGAUUGAUAUUGUGAAGGGAAAGAAAAGUGGUAUUGCUCCACAAAUGAGAUUGGACGAACCGAGUUUGAUUCAAGCCAUUGAGAAUUUGAAGUUACAGUUGGAGAAUGAAAAGAAGAAGAAUCAAGCGAUGGAGUUAGAACUGGAGUUCCUGAAGUUGCAAUGUGCCAAUGGAUUAUAAUCUGAUUUAUUACUUUAGAACUUGGUGUUUGUAAUGUCUAUCAGAUUGGAUUUCAGUCAUAUUCGUAGAGUGUUGCAAACUUUCUACUUCUCCUAUAUCAAAAAAUGACUGUCAUGUUUGUUAUAUUAAUUACUAGUGAUGUCUGGUCGCGCAAUGCGCGACCCUGACCCAGUCUAUCUGUAGAUCUUAGAAAUGUUUAUAUUUGAAAAAAAUAAAAUUUUGUAUUUGGAGCG